AUUCUAGGCUGGUAGUAUGUGGAGGAGGUGGAUCACUGGGGUGUGCCUUUGGGGUAUAUAUUUUGUAUCUGGUGAGUAGAGUCCCUCUCUGCUUCCUGUUAGUUAUGUCCUGAGCCACAUUCCUCUACCAGACUCUUCCACCAUAAUUUUCUGCCACAUCUUGGGCCCAGAGCAAUGGAGCCAGCCAUCUGAGGACUGAGACCUCUGAAGCCACAAGCCCCAAGUAAAUUUUUCCCUCUCUAAAAUUGUUUUUGUUGAGGCUUUUUUGUCACAGUGGCAAAACAGCUAACUAAAACACCUUGCCUGAGCUCAUAUGCCUGAGGAGCCAAGCAUUGUUUUAUAGUUACUUUUUAUUUAUAUAUAGAUCCUGCCAUACACACACACACACACACACACACACACACACACACACACACUCUGCCUAAAAGUAUGCAUAUGAUCAUAUGCAUAAGUACCUUUUUUUCUUUUGCUUUUGUGUCUCCCUCUUCCUCUUUUCCCUCCUUUCAUAUCAGCUACCACUACAUCAAAUCAGGUUCUCCUUCCUUGUUUUUCUUCAUAUAUAUUUAUACAGAUGGGCCCCAACUUUCAAUGAUUCAACUUAGGAUUUUUUCGACUUUACAAUGAUGUGAAAGUUAUGUGCUUUUGAACAACCAAUUAAAAAAAAAUUUAAAAAGACAUUAAAAUAAAACUUGUUGGAAAAUUAAAAAAAAAAAGUUAUGUGCAUUCUGUACAAACCAUACUUUGAACUUGACCUUUUUCUGGGAUAGCAAUGUGCAGUACAAUACUCACGUGAUGUGGGCAGCAGCAAUAGCUGCAGCUCCCAGUCAGCCAUAUGAUCACAAAGGGUAACAACUGAUACUCUACAGUGUACUGCACUGCUAAACUAGGAUGUUGAAUGAGCUAAGUAUAUUAAAUGCACUUUCUGCUUACAAUAUUUUCAACUUAUAUUCAUUGGGAUGUUACCCCAUCUCAAGUUGAAGAGCAUUUGUAUGUUGAUAAUUUCUAUACAGAUGUAUUAUUUAAUGAGGUCAUUUUAUACACACUUUUCUACAUUUUGCUUUUCUGUCUGAACAGUUCCUCCAGAAAUUCCUCUAGGACAUCUGGCGGAGCUUCCCUCCUUUUAAAUGGGUACAUAAUAUUCCCUGGUAUGACCAGAUAGUAUGAGCCCAGCCACUGUGAUGUUAAGCAUUUCCAUGUUUCUUUUUUGCUGUUCUUAAUAAGGUUUCAAUAAACACCCUACCACAUAUGACUUUGUAUAUUGGUGCUUUUAGUUUUACAGAAUAGAUAUUAUAUCUAUUUUUAAUUAAUAUGGAAAUUAUCAGAUUGCAUUCCCCAAAGCUGUCAUAUCUUCACUAAUAAUGUGUGAGUAUGUUCUUUUCUCAGCUUCCCUUCUAGCAUUGGCUGGUAAACCUCUUCACUUUUGUUAGAAUGAUGGAUACAAAAUGAUCUUACUGUUAUUCUUAUACAAUCUCUCUGAAUAUGAGAUGUGUGUUUUUACAAGUUUCCCGGCCAUUUGAGUUCAUUCUUUGAUCAUCUGCCUGCUAUUAUUUCUUGCCCAUUUUUCUAUUUGGUGGCAUGUUUUGUUCAUGUCCGUUUGUGAGAGCUUUCUGCAUGCUCUAUUAUGACUCAGGAGUUUCCCAGACACUCUCUUCCAAGUUAGAUGGCUGAAAAUAGGAUCAGUUGAGAUGACUUCAAGGAUGUCUUGUAGAGCUGGGCAGGCUGUAUGACUGUGAUCGUCAACUGUGGGUCAUUCUUUGGAUACUGAGUCUGAAAAGAAUAUAUUGAGCCAGAAUGCAGCCCAGUGUGGAGGACUGAGAAGGUGAGGCAGUCUCAUACCAUACUGCUUUCUACUGGUUAAGACCUCCAACAGCGAAGGGUUGCCCAGGCAGAGGAUGUCCCUCUGCCAACUUCGGAGGGGCAGCACUGUGCUGGCCGACAUUUGUGGUACUGCUUGUCCGUGGCUCAGAUGAGGCUUUCCACUAAAUCCACAAGGUCAUGACAGUAAAAUCAGUGCUUCUCACUUUCUGCCCAUCUUAACUCUUAUAAUAGAUAGUAUUCACACAGGUGACACUCCUCUGGAUAUCCCAGAAUUUUCAAGAAACCAAGAGACAACUUGCACAGAGGUGAAAAGCAUGAUAGAAAUGGGUCACCUCUGGCACUCUUAGGGGAAAUAUCAGCAAAGAUGACUCUCAGGCUUUGGCACAGAGAAUCUGCAGGUUGCAUACAGUUUCCAGCACCUACCUCAAGAAAGCAUAUCAAAAUGCAAAACAGUAGUCUUGAUGUUACUGAAAAAGUUUAAUUUUUUUAAAACUUAUGAAAUAAAUCACAGAAAUUCAUUGCAACACUACCUCCACUUUUUGUAUAUACCCAUUAAUUAAAAAAAAUAAAGAACUACGGAAAGAUUAUACACAAUGUAAAAGGAAAUGGAAUUCUAAAAAGGAAAAAAGCACAGAAAAUUUGAGGAUUAAGAAAAAUGUUUCUAAUUCUAAAAUCUUGUUCUGUUUACCAACCAUAAUUGUUACCUUUCUUGAAAGUAUCUUAACCUCUCAUCCCACCUACUCCUACCUUCAGGACUUCAGCAAUUUAAUAAAUCCCUUGAGGGAAAUGUAGGAUUUUAUUUCUAAAGAACUUUUACUUAUCAUGAAUAACCACAUUUAAAUUAAAUCAUGUGUAUCAGAAGAUGCAUAGCCAUUUUUUAUGCUAGAAGAGAUCAAAUAUUUGUCUUUUAUGAUGAUUCUGAUAGACUAUCUUUUUUCAAUGUGAGAGAGCUGCUAAAUGGCAUGAGUGGACUUGCUUGACGCUGCAGAAGGAAUGGAGUGAGGAGCUGGCUGUGACCAUGGGAGAAAGCAGUAAGCAAGACGACGCGGAAGCACCCUGUGGCGGGUGUGCGGGUCUGCCCGUGGCGCCUCCCGGCCUGCUGGGAGCGCCAUACUCCGAGGCCUGGGGAUACUUUCAUUUGGCCCCGGCACGUACAGGGCACCCGUCAGGCCAUUGGGCAACCUGCCGGCUCUGCGGAGAACGGGUGGGACGUGGCCCUGGCUUCCAGGCGGGAACCUCCACACUGUGGAAGCAUCUGAAGAGCGCGCACCGCCGGGAGCUGGAGAAGAGCGGCGCCGGGUGCUCACCGCCUACUCCACCCUGUCUGCUGCCGCCCUCCAACCCGGCCGCAGAAGGUGACUGGGCAAACUUGUUAGAGCAGAUGUGUGCGCUGGCAGUGCGCUGCAGCAGACGGGAGCAGGAGCUAGAGCGGCGCGAGGCAGCGGUGGAGCUGGGUGAGCGCGCCCUGGAGUGCAGGCGCAGGGAGCUUCAGGAGCAGGAACGCGCCGCGGUCCGAGCGCGCCUUGAGUUGCAGGCUGAGCGAGCAGCUCUGGAGGCGCGGCUGGGGGAGCUGGCGGAGGUGAGGCACUGCGAGGGCUCCCAGCACUGGGCCGCUGCGUGGCCCCUGCCUUUCAAAGAGGAGGCCGAGGAGGGAAGGGACGAUGGGUGCGUUGUCACGAAGGUCCUGCUGUAGAGGACCUUGGUUACUUCCACCAGCGCGUGGCAGCGCUCCUGCAAGUGGGACUCGGACCAGUGCUCUCGACAUCUCCUGGGCACAGAAUGAAGUGUCGCUGCCACCAAAUGUGGGCCUUCCACGCGAUUCUGAUACCAGAGUAGAACCAAAACCAUUUAUUCUCCAGGUACCUGGGAAAGAGCCCCUUUGGCUUCCUGUGCUGUCAGGCUUUGUCGGGCACAGGAAUGGAGUUGCAUAGCAGAGGAAAACAGCCCUAGUCACUCCAGUGCAGGGCCACUUAGGACUGGUGACUAAAAGGACAGAAGCUUUUUUAUACACUAAGGACUUAUUAUACUAUGUGCCUAUAUACCAUACCAGCCCAAGGAGAGGGCACGGAAAUGAGGAUAAAAGCUUUUACCCAGAGGACAGACAGUUUUACUCAUCAAAUGCAUAAGGUUUGCCCAGUACCAAGUUGUGGGAGAAAAAAAAAUGCUCUUUAGAGUUCUCUAUAUUUAUUAUCUCUAGAACUUAUCAGGGCUGACCGCCCAGUUUUAUUCCCUGCCUCCACUUGUUCAACCAGUGCCAGGUGCAACCUGUUUCACCUUGCUGUAUUCAAAUCCAGUGGCAGGUAUUGUACUUUUCCCCUUCCUGCCACCAUAAUAGCAAGACAUCUUAUCACUAGGAAGAGCAGUUCCUUCCCCACAUCUUCAUGGACCUCACUUCUGGGCCAAAACAGAAAGCAUCCUUCCAUCUAAGGCUACAUCUUCCUGCCAUGUCUUCACACCCUUUCUUUUCCAUACAGGUGUUUGCUCUCCUAGCAUUCUUCCCUUUCCUAAGUAUCUUCCUCAGCUAUGUUCAGUUUUUCUGUACUGAAAAAAUUCAGCCCAGCAGGGUCAAGUAAUCCUUGCUGCUUCUACUUCCUCCCCAUUUAUUACUUCUUCACUGCCGGUCGGCGUUCCAUGCAACAUUCCACUCUUUCCAAGCCACUACAAUAUGAUUUGUAUUCAGUCUUAUUUUGAUUCGUCUCUCCCUUUUAUAAUCCCUUCUUUGGUAGGUGGAACCUGCUUUUCCUCCAAAGAAUUGCUUUUCCUGGUUGAGCUGGUUCCCAAAUAGUUUUUCCUCAGGCCUCCUUUGUACUCAUUAAUAUUGAAAAUCUCCAUCAGGGCAAAGUUAGUAAAAUCAAUACCCCAUAUAUAUGUACCCUCUACCUACAUUGAACAAUUGUUAAUAUUUUGCCUUAUUGACAUUUCCUUCUCUGUGCCCUAUGCAUGUGUAAACAAUAUUCCACCCAAAAGAAUUUCAGUAUGUAUUGCCCAAGAAUGAAGCCACGAUUACAGUAACUUUUCUAUGGCCUCUAAUAAAAGUCCUGAAACAAGAUGCCCCCAUUGUAUGAAGAAUCACUUUUUUUUUUUAAAGAACAAGGUCCGAAGUCCAUGCAUUACUAUUAGUUAUAACUUACAUCUCAUAGUUUAGAACAGCCUCCUGAUGAUUCUUCCCCCAUGACACACUUUUUGAAGCUUCUACCUAUAUUCUGUAUUUGGCUGAUUAUUUUCCAGGACGAUUUCUAUUCUAUACUCCUUGCUCAUCUCAUAGAGCUACAAUGAACUGUCCCAGCAACUCCUAUCUCUAGGCUCAACUGGGUCUAACCCUUCAUGCCCAGUCCCAUUAUAUGUCACUUGCCCCUAUUUGCAAAUCUUCCCAUCACAAAUGGAAGGCGGAAACUAUUCAACUGCAUCCUUUCACAAAAAGCUAAUAUUUUCUAGGCACUUAAAGUAUACCAAGCACAUAAUACACAUUCUACAUGUAUUAUCUCACUUUAUUCUUACAGCAGCUCCAUGGGGGAGACAUUGACACUAUAUUUUACAAAUAAGAAAAGGGAGAUAAAGGGGUUAAGUAGCUUGUGCAAGAUCACAGCUAGUGAGUAGGGAUCGGAUCCAAAUGCAAUAAGUCCUUCAGGAUGCAAUUCUCCUUCCAGAGAGCUCCACAUCCCUCUUAGUCACUGGGAUAGACACCUAUUUCCUUCCUAACUCCAUUUUUAGUUACUGAGUAACUGGAAUUAGUGACAUGAACAUUUACUGAGCAUUUACCAGGUUUCACAGCUGGGCUAAAUACCUUACAAGAAUUAUUCUGCAGCACAGCAACUCCAUGCAUACACCCAUUUUGUAGAUGAGACAGGCUCAGAGGACUUAAUGUCUUCAUAAUCAUAUAACUGUUAUAAAGCAGAACAGGAUUUGAACUUCAAGCUCAUUGACUCCUAGGCACUUGCUCUACUAAGUCUAUUUCUGUAAAAUAUUGCUCCUGCCUGCCUUCUGUCGUCAUGACUCAGAACUCAUUUGUCAUUCAUCUGGGAUUCAUCUUACCAUCCUUGUUUUCCCAUACCACCUACUACCUAACACCAUGGCCAAAAAAUUGUCUGCCCGAGGUUAAUGUUGAUUACAUCAAUUUUCCUGCUAAAAAAUUGAGAUCACACAUCACUUGCUUAUUAUAGCAAACUUUGUGGCCUUACAUUCUCUUCCUCCUCCCCCACCCUGUGCCAGUCUUAUCUAUCCCCUCCCCUACAUGUACUAUAUGCUCCAACCAAACUGAACUCUCUUCCUGACAUGCCCUGAUCUUGACAUCUCUGUGCCUCAAUCCACCUUCCCUCCACUUAAACCCCUUCAAUCUGAGAAUGAAAAAUCCUACCCAAGAAUGGGGGUAUAGUUUCACGAUACUGCCCUAACCAAGCAUGUACAAGGUCCUGGUUUCAAUCCCCAGCACCUCAAAAAAUAAAUAUUAUCCCCGUUUUCCACAAAAUUUGCUUUGAUCUCUCCUUAUUGAGAGGCAUUUUCUUACCUUCUUGGAUUCUGCUAAGCAUUUUGUGUCACAACUCUUCAUUUAGCACAUGGCUGUGUGGGUUCUUGUCUUACCAACCCUGUCAGACCCUGAGCCCUUGGGAUAAGUUGUUCUCAAUUCUUCUACUCUUACAGUGCCUUGCAAAUAAUAGAUGCUCAAUAAAUAUUUGAGGUAUGGAAUCCACUUGGUUUAAGACUUUUACAAGUUAGUUUUCCUGUCAUCGGUAAUAUGAUUCUUCUUGUCUUUUAUUCUCUGAGUAUAAGUCCUAACAGAAAAGAAAAAAAAAAAAGCCUAAAAGGAAGUAGCAAUCAUUUUCUGAAGCUCAGUCAAUAAAGAUUUUAAAA